GCGGGAUUGAAUGUUGUAGCAACCGGGUGUGAGGAGAAGCGCUGUUAAAGUUCAUUUGUUUGCUGUAACGCAUGCUGAACGCUUUGGAACCCAAAGCAAAAUAUAUGACGAAGAAUGGACGACAGCUGUGAGGGAAACGAAAGUUUGGGCGAGGGCUCAUGCAGCGGCGCUGAAGAUCAAGAGAAAGCUCCAGAGAACAUGACCACCUGUGCAGAGCGUUCACUACCACUGAGGGAUCUGUACCCUUAUAUUCGUUGUGGUCUCUGCAAUGGCUUCUUCAUCGAUGCUACCACCAUCACUGAAUGCCUUCAUACAUUCUGUAAAAGUUGCAUUGUCAAGCACUUCUUCUGCAGCAACAGGUGUCCCAACUGUAGCAUCGUGGUUCAUCAAACACAACCAUUAUACAAUAUAAGACCUGACAGGCUGUUACAAGAUAUUGUGUAUAAGACAGUCCCAUAUUUGGAGGAAGUGGAGAGGGCACAAAUUUAUGCGUUUUACAAAGAGAGAGGUCUGCCGAUCCCAAAACCAGCAGCUCCAAGUAUGCUUCCAAUAAAGCUUCUGAAACAGAAACAGAGAGACUACAUGACACAGUCUGUUUUCACCAUUCCUCCAGAGCUUGAUGUGUCUCUAAUGCUGGAUUUUGUUGGAGCUGAGGAGGGCAUUGAGAAUUAUAAGCCUUUGGAGAGAAAGUAUAUCCGUGUCUCAGGUGAAGCCACUAUUCGUCAUGUGGAGCUCUUUAUCCGAAGGAAGAUGGAGUUGAGUCCAAAUUUGAAGGUGGAUGUUGUUUGUGGAGAGCAUCUCUUAGAGCAGUGUCAGUCUUUGAGGGAAGUACAAAGCACAGUGGGAGAAAAUGCCCUACAGGAUGGAAUGCUGGUGUUACAGUUUGGACUUGUGCUGCCUACUCAGUGAACAGAAGACUGUGAUUUAUCUAACCUCUUAUCUACAGGGACCAAAGGGUUAUUCUAUACACUGUAAGAAGCAAAAAAAAAAAAAAUCUUUUUCACAUAUUGCUUCCGGUUGAAAAUAUUUCUCAGUUGUUUAACUAUUAAUACUUUUCCAUGUUCUCAGUUUUUAUUUUCUUUAAUUCUUUAAUGCAAUUUUGUAAUUUAUAGAAACACUAAACUUUAUGGAAAAAGCAUAUGUAUAAGAGAGACUGUAAAGCCAGUGAAAAUUAACUGUGUCUUUUGUAAUGAUCUAAAUCCAAUACAUCUGUUUUCCACCCAAUAAAUAUAUAUUUGAAUAUUUGUGCUUUUGGCCAAAAAUAGUUGGAUUAAAAGUGCCAGAGUUUUUCUUAAACCACAACCUCUUGGUGUGAUUUAUUAGGACUUCUCUGCAUCAAAAUUAAAAUGCUGAGCAUUAAAUUGUGCAUGACACUCUUCUGAAAAUUCGAUGCAAUAAUGUUUUUAAAGUUAAGUGUGUCUCUUGGAGUAUUUAAGUUGCCUCUAAGCUCGCUGUUCGAAAAAGUGAAUGGGAGGAGAAGCACAAAGAGUCAGGGAUAGAGGAAUUAAACUCCCCUGGGCAUCCGGCACAACCCUACCAUUUUUGGUAUAGCCAAGAUCUUUUAUUUUAUGACAACUAAGUCACUAAAUGCUCACCAUGACAUUUACAGUAUAUCUUCAGUUAACAAGCAGGGCAUACAGUCAUGUUUUAAUACAUUUUGUAAGAUUAUAUAAAGUGGU